AUGGAGGCGAGUGAGGGCCGGGAGCCCUACCGCCGGCCGGCCCGCCGCCCCCAGUGGCUGGUCGGCGCCCUGGCUCACCACUACGGGCUGGACCGGGGCGUGGAGAACGAGGUGGUGGUGCUGGCCACCGGCCUGGACCAGUACUUGCAGGAGCUCUUCCACCACCUGGACUGGGCGGGCGAGGGCCGCCUCCCCGCCGAGGACUUCCGCACCCUCUGCCGGGUGCUGGGGCUGGAGGAGGGGGAGGAGGGGGAGGAGGGGGGCGCCGGCCCGUGCCGCGACCUCCCGCCCCACCUGACCUUCCGCCAGUUCCACGCCAAGCUGUGCGGCUACUUCGGGGCUUGGGGCCCGGGCGCGGGGCUGCCUCGCCUGCCGGCGGCCGCGGACCGCGAGCACGUCGAGACCCAGAUCCGCCUCCGCAGCCCGCGCCGACGACGCCCCCGCCCCAGGGGGACGGGGCUGCGGGAGGGGGGCUGGAGCGGCGGCGGCGGGGCCCGGGGGGCCGCCUCCCCCCCGCCGGCCUCGUGCUCCCGGGAGUGCUACGAGGAGAUCGUGGCGCUGGAGCGGGCCGAGGACCGCAUCGUCAAGCUGGAGGACGAGAACGCCGGCCUCCGCGAGCUGGUGGAGGACAUGCGGGCGGCCCUGCAGAGCAGUGAUGCCCGGAGCCUGGCGCUGCAGGUAGGACUGUGGAAAAGCCAUGCUAAUCAUAAGAAAAAUGGUACCUGCUUUAUACAUAACCGGAGAUUAUUAACGUACAGCCAGUCUCAGACUUCCAAGUGCCUUCAAAGUGUUCUAAAGGAAGUGGAACUAAUCCGGAGUUCUAGGGAUGGACAAAUUGAAGAAGCAAUUAGGUUUAAUCAAGAACUGGAAAAGGAGCUGAGGAGUUCACAGGAAACUGUGGUCACCCUGGAAGACAGCAAUCGCAGCCUAAAGAGAGAGCUAGCUGAAAUGAGGAAGAAGGCUGAAGAAGCAAGACAGGCGGUCCUUAACAGCCUUGGAAAAGUAAAACAGCUAGAAGCUAAAGCCAGCAAAGUGCCGCAUAUGCAGACAUAUAUCCAGCAAUUGGAAUCAGAACUACAAUAUUAUAGGUCAGAGGCUUCGAAGGUCCAGCUUCCGAUACCAGGCAGCCUCGAACAGAAGGCCAGCCCAGCAGUGAAUGGGCAAUACUCCUCAUCGGUUGUUCAUCAAGACAGAAGUUCACCCACUGGUGGAGCAGGAGUAUCAGAGAAUGUGGAAGAUCAGAUGUUUCGUUCCGUGGAAGGCCAGGCAGCAUCUGAUGAGGAGGAAGAGAAAGGCACUGGGGACAAGCCCUCCCAGGCGGCUGAAGUGAAAAAACUCCUAGCCAGACUUCCCUGCUGUAGUAGUGGAUGCGAUGACCCUGUGGUGAAGAAGCUGAUGUCCUAUUUUGGUAUCAACAGCAGGGAGGAGAACACCGUUGUGGAACUAGUCAAGAGACUCUCAAAGCUAAUGGAAGAGCUUGAGACCAAAGAGAAAGAAGUGAAAAAACUGGAAAUAAAUAUGGAAGAGAUGAAAGGCCCAUUGCUAGGGGAACUGCAGCAGAAGAUGGAGGAGACUGAAUUGCUGAAGAUGGAGUUGCAGAUGUUGGAGACAGAGAGAGUAAGGCUGUCAUUGGUGGAAGAAAAACUCUUGGAUGUAUUACAGCUUCUUCAACAGCUCCGAGAUCUGGUAUGGAAAGAAGAGAAUAACAUAUCCAAGCGAGCCCUGGGGAAGAUUGUACUCAGCACUUUGGAAACCUGCUGCGACCCACAACAUGGAAAGCCACAUAUUUUUGAAGUCCUAGACACACUCUACCAUGAACUGACUGCCUGCGAACUCAUUCAUAGCAAGUCUCUUGAAACAACUCCUGGUCAUCAAUCUUUGGUUAACCCACUGGUUAUCUCCUGUUGAGCAAGUGA